GCUUUGGCGUUUUGCAAGUGUUUGAAAAGAAUUUGAGUCAAGUGGAAAUUUCAAUCUCGAUUCAUCAGAGGUAUAUAUAUAUUUUUUUAUAAUUAAAUUACAUAUAAUUUUAUAGAAGAGUUUGAAUAUCUUAUAUAUUCAUCUAUAGUGAAGUAGGUUCUGCGAAAUUUGUGUGCUGCGGUGAUAUGAGGAUGAUAAAUUGUUUGUUAUCUGAUUAUUUAUAGUUAAAAUUGACAGAUGGUUAGGUUAAUAAAAUAGGAAAAAUACUGCCCGAUUUUUCGUAGAUAUGUUUAUCAUAUUUUCAAAAGCAAUUGCAUGGAUUAAUUGAUAGAUAUGAGAAUAUGGUGUUAAUGUAGGUUAAUAUAGAAUGUUUGGUCAAAUCGAUUCUAAUUUUGAGGAUGAUGUUGAUUUUGUGCCAUCAACUACAAAUGAAGUACAAUCUGUUAGCAAUACAGUAGAUGAAACUCAGAAUCAGAGAAAAAGAACUUCUCGUGCAUGGGAUCAUUUCACACGGCAAAAAAAUUGAUGGAAAAAUUAAAGCAGUUUGCAAGUAUUGCGAGCGUAAGCUGGUGGGAGAAAGUUCUAGUGGGAUUAGGCAUUUAAAUUCUCACGUGAAAACGUGUCCUGUAAGAAAGGCCCAACUUGCCGCCAAUCCUAGUGCAACUGCAAGCCCUUCAGUUUCUUUUAAUUUUGAUCCUGAUUUAGCAAGGACCAAAUUGGCUCAAAUGAUCGUUAAGCACGAAUAUCCCUUGUCUAUGGUUGAGCAUAGCGGGUUUAUAGAAUAUUCAAGCACUUUAUGUCCCAUGUUUCAAAUGGUGUCAAGGAAUACAAUUAGGUCAGACAUUAUGAAAAUGUAUAAAACUGAGAAAGAAAAGUGCAGGCAAAAUUUGGAAAAAAGUAGGAGCAGAAUAGCCAUAACCAGUGACAUGUGGACUACAAAUCAUCAGAAGAGGGGAUAUAUGGCUGUAAGAGCUCAUUUUAUUGAUGAUUCUUGGAACUUACACAGUCAAAUAUUGAGUUUUAAGUAUGUUCCGUGUCCUCACGAUGCUCCAGCACUACUUGAGGCCCUAAGAUCUUGUCUUAAUGAUUGGAAAAUAGAAGACAAGAUCAGUACAGUGACUCUCGAUAACUGUACUGCCAAUGAUUCCAUGAUUGAUCUUUUGAAAGGACAAUUUGAGCCUGACAGUUUUAUUUUGAAGGGAAAGUUGCUACAUGUGCGUUGUUGUUAGAGCUUUGACAGAUUUGUUAGAGCUUCCUAUCGAGUAGAGAAUAUGAAGUCUGAACUGGAUUUUUAUAUUUAGAGGAGAACUUGAUACCUAGGACUGAAGAGUCAUUUGAUAUAUGCAACUAUUGGAAGGUGACGGGCCUCAAAUACCCUUUGUUGAGUAUGAUUGCCAAGGAUGUAUUUGCUGUGCCUGUUAGCACUGUUGCUUCGGAAUCUACAUUCAGCACUGGUGGUAGGCACGUGAGUUCACAUCGAUCGAGACUUCAUCCUUCUACAUUAGAAGCAUUAGUAUGUACACAAAAUUGGUUGAAGACUGACAAAAAAGCAACAGUGAAUGAUGAAGAUAAUGAUGUUGGUCCAACAAUGGUAAUUAGUUAAGUUUUUGUAAUUUAUCAAAUAAAUUAUUUAUUUUUAUUAUUAAUACUUUUUUCUGUUUUUAUUUUUUUGCAGGAGCCUUACGUAGUUGAUCUUGAUGAUUAGAAAGUAUAUUGUUCUUUUUAGUAUAUGAGUGAGGACAUGGAUGAGAACAAAUUGUAGUGUUUAGUACUUAUGGUUGCUAGUUAUUAUAUUUGAGUUUAUAGUUGGUAGUUAUUAUUGAUGUAUUAAAUAUUGUUAGUAACAAAAGUACAAUCUCAAGCUUUCCUCUAUUA